UGGGGACCUAAAUCUCAAGUUGAGACGGAGAGGUUAAUUGAAGAAGUUAAAGAGAAUGCUCAAGCUGAAAUUCAGAAUAUACAACAAAAAAUGCAAGAGGAGAUGGAAACAAAACUUCAAGAAAGAAUGGAAGCCAUGAAGUCACAGAUGUUGUAUGGAUUUAAUAUAUUUUUAAAUCAGCUACAAAAAAACCUCCCAGGAGUAGAGAUUCCGAAUCUCUCUUUCAUGUCAACUACUCUAUAUGAGAAGGAAGUAGAAGCUACUGCAACAACACAUCAUGAAGUUACUGCUGCUACUGAAAAAGAGGUUCUAAGUAACUCAAAGUCAGCUAGUAGAAAUAUUCUAGAAUCAUCUACUAUUACAGAAGGUGUUUCUAAGUCUCAAGCUAAGCUAUUACCUCGAACAAAGAAGAAUGUGAUUGUUUCACCUAAACAGAAGCAGGCUCUUUAUUCUUCUUCUACUCAAGAGAUUCUCGACUUGAAAUUGGAGAAAAAGAAGCAUGAUCAACAUAAGAAAAGAUUAAAGAAGAAGAAAGUGGCGUGUUAGCAAUAUUCAGA